UUGCAGGAGACUUAACUAGUAUUGCACCAUUAAUUGCAGAGAUUCCAAAUUAUAGUGGACAAAUUCCACCAGAUGAAUGUAGUGGUAUAUCUCGAGCUGAACUAGAUAGUAUGAUAAAAUCACAAUUAGCUUUUGUAUCAACUACUUCUAUUCAGUCUUCACAGCUCCAGAAAACACAAGCUUUACAGUCUCAGCAAAAGAAAUCCAAUUUUAGUGACUACCUUAGAGUACUAGAUAAUAUAUGCCAAAAAGACCACCAUAUGGGUAUAGCGUAA